CAGCGUCUCCCGGACUGCUCCCGCGGGGAGCCGGUGGCCGCCCGAUCCCCCCUCCGGCUUUUGACGUUGGAGACUGUAAGCCUUCUGUGGGCGGGGAACGUGUCUGUCUACUGUUCUGUCGUACUCUCCCCGGCGUUUGGUACGGUGCUCUACGGCGAGCCCUCGACAGAUCCCACCGCAUGAAGGAAUGAAUGAAACCGGGACCAGCCGUGCUCAAAUUAGGGACCGGCUGUCGGACUGGAAAGACAAGCUCCGAGCCUACCCCGUGCCAAAGGGAACUCCCCUGUCAGGAAAGAGGUUGGCACCCGUUCAAGGUGCGGCCGUUCGCUCGGGGUUUUUUCAAUCCAACACCUGGACCCGAGCACCUUUAAACACCUGCCUCGGCCUCCUCCGGGCGAACGGGCGGACUCCGCUCCCGCCGCCUCCGCCGCCGCUCAGAUCCCGCCCCGCCGGCUGCCGGGAGGAGUGUGGGGCAGGCCACCGUGGCCGCCUCUUGGCCCACCGCCCCGCCGCCCGGCCCCGAUGAGGAGGCUGCUGGCCCUCCUGGCCUUCUGGGCCGUGACCGAGCCCUCCGAGGCGAACGGCACGGAGCUCCUCAAACACCUCAGAUUCCACUCGACCAACUUUGAGAACAUCCUCGUAUGGGAGCGCGGCAAAAACACGACCCCAGACACCGUCUUCAGCGUCGCCUAUUCCAUCUAUGGAGCGAAGCGGUGGCAGGAGAAAGGGGCUUGCCAAAACAUGACCUCUCGAUCGUGCGACCUGACGGGGGAGACCGGAAACAUCCACGAGUAUUACUACGCCCAAGUGACGGCCCUCACCGAGAGCGGCCUGUCGGCCUCCUUCAGGACGCAGAGAUUCAACCCCAAAACUGAGACCGUGCUCAAGCCUCCAGACGUGACCUUCGACCCCGGCGUGCACUCAAUUCGGUUCAUCCUGGGCCCGUCCCUCACGCUGGCCAGGGACGCGAGCGGCUCGCCGCUGGCGCUGGAGGACAUCUUUCCCAAUCUGCUCUACCACCUGAGGAUAAACGUCAACCAGACCCACCACAUGAUCAAAGAGGGGAAGGAGAAAGAAUAUGAAUUUCCCGGUCUGGCCCCCGACACGGAGUACAGCGGCACCGUGGGCAUUCGGAUCCCCAGCUUAGCCAAGCACAGCCCGACCCACAAAUUCAGCGUGAGGACUCUACCAGACCGAACCUGGACCUACUAUUUCUCCGGAAUGUCCCUGUUCACCAUGGGAUUCCUUGUGGCCGUGGCCUGUUUCAUGACCUACAAGUACAUCAACAAGAACAUGCAGCAGCCCCGUGUCUUGCAGGACCUGCAGAGGGUCCUGACGUACCACCCGCUGAAGUUCACCCGGGAGCACGUCCUCACCCCGGUCUGUGACCUCGUCCCUCCGGCCGCCCCUCCCCCCCCCCGGGCCGCACCCCGACCUGAGGGAGGACUCCGAGACGCCCCGGGGUUUGCCCAGAUGCCCGGAGACCGACUACGUCGAGAGGGACCCCGGCCGCGCCGGCCAGGCCCCUGCACGGAAGGGCCCGGCCCCCCGGCCCUACACCUCACAGCCCUCUCUGCCGCCCACUCCGCCUCCACCUUUCUACGGGGUGUGCCUGAUGGGCGUCGAGUGUGGCGGCCAGGGAUCGCCUCUCCCCCGGAAACGGAACCCGGACCAACCCGGCCUCCGGCUCCAGGUCCAGGGUCCGGCGGCCGGGUGGUUCCCCAGAUCCAGCCAGGAGAGGCGAUUGGCCGUGCCCGGGGGCGACCGUCAGCCCCCGGACGACCUGCGGAUGUUCCCGCUGGACCUGGACUUGCGCUCCCGGGCCCCGGGCCUGCAGAGAGACUGGCGGGAGGUCAGCCCGCCCCUGCUCCACCCGCCGUGGACCCUGGCCGGGGGUGGGGGGCUAGAGCCGGAGGCCCGGGGCUACCUCCAGCACCGGGACCUCAGCCCGGCCUCCCUCCUCUCGUCCGUUCAAGUGGACGGCGACCCCGGAGCGGCAGAGCCCGGGCCGGAGCGCUGGCAUCUGCUCAGCUCCCCGGUGGGUCCCCAAGGUGAUCCGGGCCCAGGGGGGCCGCCGGCCGGCAAGGGGCUCCCCAGCUCCGGCCCGGGACCCGGAGAGGCCGGAACCGUGGACUGGUUGUUCAGGGACCUGGACCUCACGGUGCAGUGGGACCCCUGACCGGGGGUGCCGGCUUGACUCAGUGCCGACCCGGAACUUGGGCAGCGAGGGUCCCUGCUGGGGAAGGGGCCGGGCCGUCCCCACAUCCCAUCCUUCCCUCCCUGCCCGCCGUGGCUUCCCGCCCUGUCUGGUCCCAGGGGCUCGGAUUUCGGCCUUCCGCACCCUCGCCCUUGACCGAUCGAGAACAGGCUUUCGAUUUGCUCUCGCUGGGCAAGGGGUGGAGCUUCAUCCAGAGAACCACGGAGAACCGGCCACAGAUUGAGAAGCAGCGUGGCUCAGUGGGAAGAGCCCGGGCUUGGGAGUCAGAGGUCAUGAGUUCGAAU